CAAUCAUGUUGUCCACAUUAGCACGCACAUCGAGACUCCAGGCCUCAAGGUCUUCGCGCGCCGCCUUCUCAACCCUGAGACCGCUUCGCCAACAACCGACCUACCAACCACCCACACCUUCAGAACCAGAAAACCCGCAUUCUUUCGGCCGUCCAAUCGCAAAAGUCUUUCUUAUGGCUCUCUUCACAUAUCAAGUGAUACACUAUGGCUGGCUAAAAUUGGAAGCUAUGGAGGAAAAGGAGGAAAAGACUGCUGAGCUGCAAGGUCUGGAAGGUCAAUUGAGAGAAAUGACGAAAAAGCUUGAGGAACAUGACAUGGAA